AGUCAUCGUCCCCCGAGGUAAUGGGCUGGCUUCCUCUAGGGCCCCUCCCCACCUUUGGAAUGCACACAACAUUCUCUCCAUUUAUUCGUCUUGGUCUCCUCCUCCAGCCCCGCCUGGCCCUCCUUCCUCUCUCCACUGUUCCUGACCGCUCCUUCUGGGCUCCCGGUUCUGCGUGGACGUGGCGCAUGAGGACGGCUCACUGGGCUUUGUCAUUCUGUGACUCACACUGCUCUCUAUACGAGGCAGCAUUUUUUAAGCUUGUCGUGCACCAGGCACUGCUCUCUACGACAACCCCUUUUAGCCGACAGCGGGUCCUCUGAUGUAGCUGCCGUUCAUUAAUUUGGACACACUGUGCCUGUUGGUGCCCUACGGGGAAGGAAGGAAUCCGAACCCCGAGAAGUCAGCUGGCUCUUGGAGCACCUGGCAUGUCACAGCCGCACUGUCUUCCGAGGGACUUCCUGCGUGCCCAGCGUCCACUUAAGAGACUUUUGUGAAUACAGUUUCAUCCACGUUCCCAAAGAACAUAUUUGUCAUCUGAUCUGCUGGAGGUCUUAAGGAAGCUUCUAGAGAAUUGCUCUACAAAAAUGAGGCUGUAAACCAAGAAAGAGGAAGCCAUGGGAUCCAGGAAACGGGGGACCCAGCACAGGCGAGAGGCACAGGGAUUUCGCAAGAUGGUGUUAAAAAGAAGCCCCAGGACCACAGAACCCGAUGAUCUUCUCCGUGGGGACCCUGCACUCAGCCUGCAAAGCGCUCCUGGCCCCCAGGAUGCUCGUGAUUCAAUCGUAGAUGCAGGUGGCAUUGAAAGCAUCGCCCGCUGUCCCCAGCAGCUUCCUCAGAUGAUGGCUGCAGCCGCCGAUGGUUUGGGGAGUAUAGCGAUAGACACAACCCAGCUCAACAUGUCCAUGACAGAUCCCACAGCCUGGGCCACCGCCAUGAAUAACUUGGGCAUGGUGCCCGUGGGGUUGCCUGGACAGCAGCUUGUGUCUGACUCAAUCUGUGUACCAGGAUUUGAUCCAGGCCUCAACAUGGUGACUGGGAUCACCCCCAUUAACCCGAUGAUACCAGGUCUGGGACUGGUACCACCCCCACCGCCAACUGAAGUGGCCGUCGUCAAAGAAAUAAUUCACUGCAAAAGUUGUACUCUUUUCCCUCAAAAUCCAAAUCUUCCACCCCCUUCCACGAGAGAACGACCUCCUGGGUGUAAGACUGUGUUUGUCGGAGGAUUACCGGAAAAUGCGACCGAGGAGAUUAUUCAAGAAGUCUUUGAGCAGUGCGGCGACAUCACGGCCAUCCGGAAGAGCAAGAAGAAUUUUUGUCACAUUCGCUUUGCGGAGGAAUUCAUGGUCGAUAAAGCCAUUUACCUUUCCGGCUACCGGAUGCGACUGGGGUCCAGCACGGACAAAAAGGACUCGGGCCGCCUGCACGUGGACUUCGCCCAGGCCAGGGACGACUUCUACGAGUGGGAGUGCAGGCAGAGGAUGCGCGCGCGCGAGGAGCGGCACCGGCGCAAGCUGGAGGAGGACCGGCUGCGGCCGCCCUCGCCGCCGGCCAUCAUGCACUACUCGGGGCACGAGGCCGCCCUGCUGGCCGAAGCUGUUCCAGACGACAGCAAGUUCUCGGAGGCCGUCACCGUGCUGCUGUCCUGGAUCGAACGGGGUGAGGUGAGCCGGCGCUCUGCAAACCAGUUCUAUUCUAUGGUGCAGUCGGCCAACAGCCACGUCCGCCGCCUGAUGAACGAGAAAGCCACCCACGAGCAAGAGAUGGAGGAAGCCAAGGAGAUCUUCAAGAACGCCUUGACCGGCAUCCUCACUCAAUUCGAGCAGAUUGUGGCCGUUUUCAACGCUUCUACCAGACAAAAAGCUUGGGACCAUUUCUCGAAAGCUCAGCGCAAGAACAUAGACAUUUGGCGAAAGCAUUCUGAGGAGCUUCGAAACGCUCAAAGCGAGCAGCUCAUGGGCAUCCGCCGCGAGGAAGAAAUGGAAAUGUCUGAUGACGAGAGCUGCGACAGCCCGCCCAAGAAAAUGAGAGUCGACGAGUCAGCCCUGGCCGCCCAGGCCUACGCUCUCAAGGAGGAAAACGACAGCCUCCGCUGGCAGCUGGACGCCUACCGGAACGAGGUGGAGCUGCUGAAGCAAGAGAAGGAGCAGCUCUUCCGCACGGAAGAAAACCUCACGAAGGACCAGCAGCUCCAGUUCCUGCAGCAGACCAUGCAAGGCAUGCAGCAGCAACUGCUGACCAUCCAGGAGGAGUUAAACAACAAAAAGUCGGAGCUGGAACAAGCAAAGGAAGAGCAGUCACACACCCAGGCAUUGCUUAAGGUGCUCCAGGAACAGUUAAAAGGUACCAAGGAACUGGCCGAGACCAAUGGCCACAGCCAUGAGGACACAAACGAUAUCAACGUCUUGACAGUCGCAUUGGUCAACCAAGACCGAGAGAACAACAUGGAGAAAAGAAGCCACGGCUUAAAAUCAGAGAAAGAAGCUCUACUAAUUGGCAUCAUCUCCACGUUUCUCCACGUCCACCCGUUCGGAGCCAACAUAGAAUACCUUUGGUCAUACAUGCAGCAGCUGGACUCCAAGAUAUCUGCCAACGAGAUCGAAACGCUCCUGAUGAGGCUGCCGCGCAUGUUUAAGCAGGAAUUCACAGGCGUGGGAGCAACGCUGGAGAAGAGGUGGAAGCUGUGUGCCUUCGAAGGAAUUAAAACUGCCUGACCGCGAGGAGCAAAAAAACAAC